AUGAUUUCUAACAUCCCGUACACUGUGACUCGCCAGGAGGUGGCCUCGUUCCUUGGACGCAGUGCUAACCUGCUCCCAUCCUCUCAAGGAUGUCCAAUUCAUAUCAUCAUGGAACGGUCCACUGGCAAGACCAUGGACUGCUAUGUUGAAUUCCCAACAAAGAAGGAUGCUGAAGAUACUGUUGGCCGAAUCAACCGUGCCUACGACGCUGGCAGCGCCCCGCGUAUGGGCAGCCGCCAUGUUGACAUAGAACUCAGCACCCCAGCCAAGCUUCUCAAGGCUGCCUUUCCCCGGGCGAAGUGCAUCUCGUGGGAGGGUGGACAGCCUGUCCAGCUUGUCAACAAAGACAGUUGGUCUACCGGUUUUGAUGGCUUCCUCACUGACGAGGAGCUCUUCUGUCUGACCCGUCAUGCCGAACAACCUCACCGUAGUGCAUUUGCUAGCAAGGUUCCUCAACGCUGUUAUGAAUCAUUCAUCACCACUCUCUGGAAAUUCCCGUGGCACGCUACCCACCUUUAUACUGUGCAUCACCGGAAUGCUCUUUUCAAGACUCUUGUUGCUCUGAUCAAGACUCUGGUGGAGCGUAUGCAGAAGGUAAACACAGUGGGCUUGGACAUCCGCCUUCUGAACGAGUUGGUUCAUGCAGGGAUCUGUUGUCCUGCUUUCAAUCCUCGCAUGAAAUACUGUUUCGCUUGGUAUUCAAAGGAUCAGAGAGGAAUUGAGUCAUUGGACCAUGACUGGUGCCUUUACUUCCCAUUUGAUACUCUUACCUAUGUUCCCGGACAGAGUUCUGCCGCCAUUCAGUUCUAUGCCUAUGUCAUGUCCAACGGUUCUGUUCUGCGCACCGAGAAUGACGGUCUGCCGAACAAACAUACUCAUCCUGAGAUCGAGAGAAUCUUUGGAAGGUUCUGGUUUGAGUGGGAGGACGACGUUGCCCGUAACAUGGUCUUCAAGGAUGCGAUUAUCUAUGAAGCCAGUGUACUUCGGAAGUUCAUCAUCACUGGAUUUCAACAACUCCACAGAAGAAAAUCCAGCGUCUCAACCAUCGGCACUGCUCCUGGCUCGUCGCCAACCCACAGUCUUGCUUCAGUUGACAGCCAGCGAACGAUUUCGCAAUCCCACACUGGCUCGGUAAAUCCCAGCCCUGCUCCUCAGGAAAGCUCGACUGCUUCAGCUGCCAGCAACCGCCUCCGUGAGCACGGUAACAAUUGGAAUGUCCCCGGUAACUCCCGUGAUAUCUCUCAGCGACUUGAUGCUGACCAAUAUCUGCUGGACACCCCCACCCAUCGGCCUCGCGCAUCGAUCCCUCCAUACAUUCCGCCGCACCAACGAUCCGACUCAGCCAAGCCGCGCAAGCAGUCGGUUACCUGGCGUAUGCCUCAAACUCAAGAGGCACCUGCUGUUGACUCAACUCAGGGACAGGCUGAGAUCCGGCCUGUUUACCGUGCUCCCCAUACAACUGCGCAGAAUGUUCGGUCGUCCUCUGAUCCUUUCGGACCAGUCCCUUCGAUCGCUCCCAGUAGCCAUCGCUCUCGCUCCGACGCCGCCCGCCUGUCGAACCUCGAUCGCCGGGUGUUUGAUGAGCUCCGAGCUGCUGGCUGCGGUACCCGAUCCGCAAAGAAGUAA